CGUGUGCACGCUUCACAGCUACGAGCUACACACCGCUAAGAUGAGCAACCUCGGCAACGACACGGCGCACCCUGUGCAGCACGGCGGCGUUCAAGGACAACAGACGGCGCUCGUGCUUGGUGCGCACCCCAGCAUGAACGUGCCUGCAUACCCCAAGACGGCAACACCUGGCGGAUUUUACCAUCCGCAGCAUCAUGCGCAGCCCUACGCCACCGCCAACGGCACGGUAUGGGGUUCGGGCCGUGACCCACGGACUGCCGGAGCUAUGGCUCCUCCGGCAGGUCUCCCUGGCAUAUGUGGGGUUUCCGGUGUUGUGAGCGCCGCGGCAUCCGCCGCUCAAGCUGCUUGGCUAGGAAGUCAAUCGGGGCGUGCUUCGGAGGCCCUUCCAACGGCGAAGCGCACGCACGACGGGCAGCUUGUUCAGCACGCCCGCAGCCAUGCAGGAUGGGCCCAAGCACAGGGUUGUCCCCGAGACGGGGCGCCCCCUCCUCACUCAGCGCCUUCCCCCGGCCCUCUCACCGGCGCAGCAGCGAGUUCCACCCCUGUUGCAACCUCUAACGACAGCGGCGUGCCUCAUCAUGCGCCCCCUCCUCACUCAGCGCCUUCCCCCGGCCCUCUCACCGGCGCAGCAGCGAGUUCCACCCCUGUUGCAACCUCUAACGACAGCGGCGUGCCUCAUCAACCAGCUUCUUCUCCCCGAGGGGCGGCCGCCGCCGGCGCGCCUCCAACGGACCUCACCGGCAGCUUGGUGGAUCCUCCUCGCUCGGCUUUUCUCCCAGGCCCUCCCUCCAGCGCGGCGAUUGCAGGACCGGCUACAACCGACCUCGCCGGGUUGGGAGAGCCUCUGGCUGGAUCGGGGGAUGCAAAAGGAGUUGAGGGCGCCGCCGGCGGUGCUGUGCAGCUGUUGGCCGUUGCUUCCAAUACGGCGGUCGCGGCAGCCGCGGGGAAGGAAAACGUGCACACCCCGCCGAAAAAAGGCGGACAGAACUACAACGGUCUGUACCUGAGUCUGCUGCUGGAGGCCCUCCUCGAUGCUUGCAAGACCAGGGACGAUGGGAAGUGGAGGAUGAAGACGACAUGCUCGACGAAUUGGGGAGAGCAGAAGGCCAUAGCGGAUGCCGUGUUCGAGAAGUGGCAGAAGGCCAGCCUGGAUGAGCGCAUGCGCUAUGGGGGAAGAUCCGAUUCGACAUUGGAGUAUGGGAAGGGAGCGCAAGCUAACUUCCUCACGAGCAAGAAGCACCAGUACCGGAAGUGGGCGAACCAACCCGCGGAAGCACGGCAAAGCGAAGCGUUUAACGCCUACACAAGUUGGGAAAUCCCUGGAGAACGUAAGUCCUUCGACGUGCCCCCCUUUAUUGGCUAGGCAUCCAUUCGAAGGGCGUGUCUCCACGAACGGCGAUGUGGUACGGGUUUUGAGGUUCCGAUCCAUUUGUCCACGUACCCUUGGAGCGGGUAAGGUAGGGUUAAGAUGAAACCGUUCCCAGCUGGACUCACCGUGGAACCGUUCGCUCAGGUUCCCGCGUCUAUAGUGUCCACUAAAGACUGGUGAGUGACCAAGCAG